AUGGUGGUGGUAGAUGGUGUGGUUGAUGGUGUGGUUGAUGGUGUGGUUGAUGGUGUGGUGGAUGGUGUGGUUGAUGGUGUGGUAGAUGGUGUGGUAGAUGGUGUGGUGGAUGGUGUGGUAGAUGGUGUGGUUGAUGGUGUGGUGGAUGGUGUGGUUGAUGAUGGUGUGGAUGAUGGUGUGGUGUGGUGUGGUGAUGGUGUGGAUGAUGGUGUGGAUGGUGGUGUGGUUGAUGGUGUGGUGAUGUGGUGUGUGAUGGUGUGGUUGGAUGGUGUGGUAGGUGUGUGUGGGUGUGUUGAUGGUGUGGUGAUGGUGUGGAUGAUGGUGUGGUGGAUGGUGUGGUGUGGAUGGUGUGGGAUGAUGGUGUGGAUGGUGAUGGUGUGGAUGAUGGUGUGGAUGAUGGUGUGGAUGAUUGAUGGUGUGGUGAUGAUGGUGUGGAUGAUGGUGUGUGUGAUGGUGUGGAGAUGGUGUGUAGAUGAUGGUGUGGAUGAUGGUGUGAAUGAUGGUGUGGUGAUGGUGUGGAUGAUGGUGUGUACGAUGGUGUGGAUGAUGGUGUGUACGAUGGUGUCGAUGAUGGUGUGUACGAUGGUUUGUACGAUGGUGUGGAUGAUGGUGUGGAUGAUGGUGUGUACGAUGGUGUGGAUGAUGGUGUGGAUGAUGGUGUGGAUGAUGGUGUGUACGAUGGUGUGUACGAUGGUGUGUACGAUGGUUUGUACGAUGGUGUGGAUGAUGGUGUGGAUGAUGGUGUGUACGAUGGUUUGUACGAUGGUGUGGAUGAUGGUGUGGACGAUGGUGUGGAUGAUGGUGUGGAUGAUGGUGUGGAUGAUGGUGUGUACGAUGGUGUGGAUGAUGGUGUGGAUGAUGGUGUGGAUGAUGGUGUGUACGAUGGUGUGGAUGAUGGUGUGUACGAUGGUGUGUACGAUGGUGUGUACGAUGGUGUGUACGAUGGUGUGUACGAUGGUGUGGAUGAUGGUGUGGAUGAUGGUGUGGAUGAUGGUGUGGAUGAUGGUGUGGAUGAUGGUGUGUACGAUGGUGUGGAUGAUGGUGUGGAUGAUGGUGUGUACGAUGGUGUGGAUGAUGGUGUGUACGAUGGUGUGUACGAUGGUGUGGAUGAUGGUGUGA